UCCACACGGGACAGAAUUUUAGACAACCCGAGACGAAAUCGUUCCGCGCACUCGCAGUUCUAAUAAAAUUCGAUGGAAUGUUGAAAGAAUCUGCGCCUCAAGCUGAGCUGUGAUAUAAAUCCCCAUUUAAAUAGAAAUCACAGUCGCACCAAAAAUAGUCGUCUUCAAUUGUUCGCGGUUUUUGCGUCAGUGAGAAAAUGCAUUCCCUGGCAUUAUUCGGACUUUUAUGUGGUGGCCUGAUAGCUGUUACUUGGGCCGCAGUCACCACCCAACCACCGCCUCUUAUUCGAACCCUGAGUGCUGGAGGAGAUAUAGGACCUCAGUUCAAUGUCGAAAAACCCAAGGAACCAGAAGAUGCUGAAUUUUGGCAUAAAGUAGGACUGACGCAGUUGGAAAAGACCAUUAAGCAAGCGCAGCGUGUAAAGGAUAUUUCCUACCAGAAAAAGGCCCGGAAUAUUAUUGUCUUUAUUGGAGAUGGCAUGGGUAUAUCCACGAUCAGUGCCGGUCGCAUCUACAAGGGACAGUACUUGAAGCAUGGUCAUGGCGAGGAGGAGACUCUAGUCUUCGAUGACUUCCCAAACACUGGAAUGGCCAAGACCUACAAUGUGGACAAACAGGUGCCAGAUUCGGCGGGUACGGCCACAGCUAUAUUUUCGGGCUCCAAAACCCAUUACGGAGCCAUUGGCUUGGAUGCAACGCGUUCGAAGAAGGAUGCCCAGCAAGGUCAGGUUCAAAGCGUCAUGGAGUGGGCCCAAAAAGAGGGCAAGCGCACGGGAAUAGUCACCACCACCAGGAUCACACAUGCCACGCCCUCCGCCACCUACGCCCACAUUUACGACAGAGAUUGGGAGUGCGACACGGAGGUUCCCUCGGAAUCGGUGGGCAUUCAUGUAGAUAUUGCCCGUCAGCUGGUGGAGAAUGCCCCUGGAAAUCGGUUCAACGUGAUCCUGGGCGGCGGAAUGUCUCCAAUGGGUAUCCUUAAUGUCUCUGAAGUGCGUAGUACCAAUUUCGAAGGACCCACGGAAACUAUUUGCACUCGUGGUGAUAACAGGAAUCUUCCUGCCGAGUGGCUGGCUAAUCAUGCCAAUGAUUCAGUGCCUCCAGCUUUGGUACACAACCGCAAGGAUCUGCUGAAUGUGGAUGUUAAGAAAGUUGAUCACCUAAUGGGUCUGUUCCGGAACAAUCAUAUCACUUACUCCAUAGCCAGGGAGGAAGGGGAACCUUCGCUUCUGGAAAUGACAGAGACGGCUUUGGGAAUCUUGGAAAGGGGUGAUGAGUCCAACGGAUACGUGCUCCUCGUGGAAGGUGGUCGCAUUGAUCAGGGUCACCACAUGAACUAUGCUCGCGCUGCUCUUCAUGAGCUCUACGAAUUCGAUUUGGCAAUCCAAGCAGCUGUAAACAUCACGGAUCCCGAUGAAACUUUGAUCCUGGUGACGGCAGAUCACUCCCACGCGGUAACCUUUAAUGGCUAUGCCCUCCGAGGAGCUGACAUUUUGGGGUCAGCCAACUCUCAUGAGAAAGAAGAUCCAAUGGAAUUUGAAACCAUAUCGUAUGCCAAUGGCCCCGGUUACUGGGAUCAUUUGGCCAAUGACUCAAAGCCGGAGAAUAGCUCAAAUUUCUGGAUUCAAUUCAAGCAAUUUACGGAGGAGGAGCGAACUGCUCCCACUUAUCGUCAUUUGGCAACAGUACCCAGAAAGGACGAAACCCAUGGCGGUGAGGAUGUGGCCGUUUUUGCCUAUGGACCUGGCUCCAGUUUGAUUCGUGGCGUCUUCGAGCAGAAUUACCUGGCUUACGUAAUGAGUUAUGCGGGCUGUUUGGGCCCCGCCAAGGACUUCGAUUUCUCAUGCGAGGAUCACAAGGAUAAAGAACAUGAGAAGCCGGACCAAGUCAAGAGUAGUGCCUCUGUUCUGGGAGCCUCUUUGAUUUCCAUUUUGGCUGCCGUCCCAAUGGCUUUUCUACGCGGUCACAUGCUGUAAUUAAUGUUGGUUUUAUUGAAUUAAUUGUAAUUAAAGAUUAUAGUCUUACGGAUUGUGUUGUUGAAUGUGAAAGAGUGAGAGAACGGAGUGAUCGUUGAUAUAUACCAAAUAGAAUAACUAACAACUUA